AUGGGCUUGUUGAAACAUCUGGGACACAACUUACAGCCUCGCACGUGGGCGUUCGCACGAGCUGGAGCACGCUCCAAAGGUUCCUUUGCCGGGCUUUUGCAUGAAGGAAGGCUGGUGGCUUCUCCCGACUUUCAGAAAUCGGGCACCGAACUGCCUGUGCUGCGCUUAGUGGGUGAAGAUGGGUGUUUGGUGAGCGGGGCUGAGCUGCCCUGUAGCCUGGAAGCAUAUCUGGAUAUGUACAAGUGCAUGUUGAAGGUGGCGGUGGUGGACAAUGUGCUGAACUCCUUACAGCGGCAGGGCCGUAUCUCCUUCUACAUGACAGGGACAGGAGAGGAAGCCGCCCAGGUGGGCACCGCGGCACAGUUUGGUCGAAGAGAUGUGGUUUGGGCACAAUACCGAGAGCUGGGUGCCUUUUUGCAUCGGGGCUUUACCAUCCAACAGGUGGUCGACCAGUGCCUGUCGCGCUGCGACGAGCCGGGCAAGGGGCGGCAAAUGCCGGUGCACUACUGCGAUGCGGACAUUGGGAUGCAAGCCAUCAGUUCACCUCUAGGCACUCAGAUCCCUCAAGCCGUCGGCGCGGGCUACGCCUUCCGCGUGGCCUCCGAGCCGCGCGUGGCGGUGACGUUCUUCGGCGAGGGCGCCGCGUCGGAGGGCGACUGCGCGGUGGCGCUGAACUUCGCGGCGACGCUCAAAGCCCAGACGCUCUUCAUUUGCCGAAACAAUGGUUGGGCCAUCUCCACACCCGCCUCCGAACAGUAUGCGGGCGACGGCAUUGCAGCACGGGGCAUUGCCUUUGGGGUCCCGAGCAUCCGGGUGGAUGGCAACGACUUGGCAGCAGUAGUCCUGGCCACCUCAGAGGCCCGGAAGCUCUGUUUAGAUGGUCAACCCGUGCUGAUGGAGUUGAUGACUUACCGGCGUGGGCAUCACAGCACCUCCGAUGACGCAGGCAGAUAUCGUGACUCGGGGCAAGUGAAGAAGAUGGCACGGCAGGGUUUGGAGCCCAUCAGUCGUGCCAAGCUCCUGUUGAAAGGAGCUGGCACCUGGGAUGACCAGAAAGAUGAGGAGCUGCGAGAAGAAUACCGAUCUGAAGUCAUGGCCGCUUUGCGGACCGCCGAAGCGAAGCCUUUUGCGCCGGUGAGGGAUUUGUUUGAAGACGUUUGGGCCAAACCAACACCUGAAUUGCAAAGACAACGCCAGGAGUUGAUCGAUCACAUAGAAAGGCACCCAGAACACUUUGCAGAGAAACUGACCAAGUACCAAGACGGCAAGGCUGGCCUCUAA